CUGUGAUUGUGUUGCAGAGAGCAGAGAGAGGUGCAUACACACUCAGAGAAAAAAGACUUAGAAAUUUCAGAGACAGAAAGAAGAGAGAGAGAAAAGGGAGGGGAAGUUGAGAAACAAGGAGGAAGACGUAAGAAGUGAAAGGGUGUUUUGCUGCUGUGCUGGGAUCAUGUCUCUAGAUGGGAAGGUGGCUCUGGUGACAGGGGGAGCUCAGGGCAUCGGGAGAGCCGUGGUCCAUUCACUCCUGCAGAGCUCAGCCAAGGUUGCCGUGGUCGACCUGAACAAGACAUGUGGCGAAGAGUGCAAGGCACAACUGGACGCCGAGUUUGGAGAGGGCAACUGCAACUUUAUUCCGUGUGACGUGUCCAACGGAGACGCACUGAGAGAUGCGUUCCAGAGCACGGUGGACAUGUUUGGUCGUCUGGACAUCGUUAUCAACAACGCCGGCAUCAACAAUGAAAAGAACUGGGAGAAGACCAUACAAGUCAACCUGACCUCUGUGAUUAAAGGGACCUACUUGGCACUGGAACACAUGAGUAAAGAGCAUGGCAAGGAAGGAGGCACCAUUAUCAACGUAUCCUCUAUGGCAGCCUUCCUGCAUUCUCCUCAUCAGCCUGUCUACACUGCUACUAAACAUGGAGUCAUUGGCUUCACUAGAGUUAUGGCGGAUGCGUCCUCUCAGGGCGACUACGGCGUUCGUAUCAACGUCCUGUGUCCGGCCUUCGUCGACACUCCUCUGCUGCAUUCGGUGGAACACGAGGACAACAUGGGCAAGUUUGUCAAGUUCAAGGAUGAUUUCAAACGCAGCAUGAGCAAGUUUGGAGUUUUACAGCCGUCAUUAAUAGCGGAGGGCAUGAUGAGGUUGAUUAUGGACGCCAGUCUGAAUGGAGCGGUGAUGAAGAUCACCUGCUCCAAGGGAAUCCACUUCCACACCUAUGAACCCAUGUCUGCUUGAGCCCUGAUAUAGUGGACUAUACACUGCUGCUGAGGAGAACAAUACAGGGCAUUAUCCUGUCUGAACGCAACACACCAGAAACUGUUUCAGCACAUCUGGCUGCUGCUGGACUUUAUCAGAACUGCGUCAGAGCAUCAUUUGGAUUCUACAGGAAAAAGUGACCUGAACAAUAUACUUGAUCGUGUACAUAGGCCUACGUACAGGUGUCCAAAUUAACAAAUGAAUGCUUUCCAAAUUAUGAUGAUCGUAGGCCUAAUUGAAAUUAGAAAGUCCAGUGUUUUAAGGUACAAACCUUUGGCAAACCAAAGUUAGCUUUCUAUGUGUUACAGGAAAUAAUUGACAUCCACCACAUUGUCAUCCACCUCAGAUACAAAUGAUUAUGCAGCUUAUUUUAUUAAACAGUGUAUUAUUUAAUAGCUGAUUUAUAUGAUGUGUGUAAAAAUAAAAUAAUAAAUAAUAGUUUAAUACGGGA